ACCCCACAGAAAAAUAAUAACACAGAGAUUAGAAAAAAUAGAAAUGGACGAAAAUAAUGGUGAAAUAUCAAAGUUCGUUAAGUUUCUUGCUUUCAAAACAACACAAAUUGUGGUUCAAAGUAGAUUGGGAGGACUAAUAUGCACGAAAUGUAAUAAUUCUGGGACAGACUGGUUCAAUAUCGCCAUUCAAGAUCAUCCUGAAGUGUUAAUUGAAACAAAGAAAGCAUUACAAUCAAGUCAAAAUGAUUCUAUCUCCGGACGUCUACCACUUUCAGUUGAAAUUUCUUUACAAACCACAGAUGGUGACAGAAUGGUACUAGAAAUAUGGACACUGAGUUUAAAUCCAGAUUUAAGUGAUCCUGCGCUCAAGGCCACUUACACAAUCUACAAUCGAAUGAGUAUUCUCUUGAAAUCACUUAUAUCAAUAACUCGUGUAACUCCUGCAUAUAAGUUAAGUCGAAGACAGGCUCCUGAGUCUUAUGGAGUGUAUUAUCGUAUUUACAAUGGUGAGUCGCAGUACAAUCUUGGAGAUUCUUACAGACAAAUCCGCAUUGGACAGAUAACAACACAGAUUGGAACAUUAAGUAUGAGUGUUGCUUAUCGUACAAAAAUGACUAUAUCGCCAUCUCAAAGUGGACGUGACAAUGCAAUUAUGUUAAAGAGUGACCAUUUCUUGAAAGAUCAGAGUCCGAAACAUCUCCGAAAUCCAGGCAACAGUAAAAAGAAUGAGAAAAAAGUAAUUGACAUAGAAAAGCCUAUGAAAUGUGGAGCUUUUGUUGAUCGCAGUCGAAUUCCACAGUAUACUGAACAAGAUUAUAAUCUACCCGAAAAUCCUCCUUUUAGUUGGUUAAUGAGAAAACCUAAAUCAGAAUUGGAAGAUAAAAUCGAAGAAGAAAAAGUGACAAAUGAUGAAAAUUCCUCUCCAAAUAAUAAUAAUAACAAUACCUUAAGCAGUCGUGCUGUUGAUGCAACGAAACUCUCACAAUCACCGAAAGAUAAUGUCAGUGGGACAUCUCCAAGUUCUUUGAAAUCUCGCUGGUCAAUGAGAGAAAAUAAAGACGAUGACAAACUUCUAAAAGAACUGCACUUUCCUUUCGCUAAUCAAUCACCGAUAGGAGAUCUUGCAAAAUUUUACCGAGAAUGUUUUAAUGCACCACCAUUAGAAUCAUUUACUGUUGAAACGGAACCAACAUUCGACCAAGUGGAGAAUGAAGUGGCAGUUGAUGAUUUAGCUAAGCAAUUGGCAGAGUUUGAGACGUCAUUAAAUGAGUUUGAUGGAUUGUUGACAUCGCUGUGCGAAUCUGAAAAUCAGGGGAAUAAUUAAAUUCUGAUUUUUGUACUGAACUGAACAUCGCGAAUUUUGACAUUAAAUUCAUGUUCAUGAAUGAAGUCAUCGGUCGACAGCCUAGCCUUAGUUAUGUGGAAUCAGGGUGCCAAGCCUAGCUUAAAUUUCGUUCUGAAUAUUCUUUUCUCUGUUUUUGUUUUUUUUUAAUUAAAUAUGUACACUAUAUUUUGGCCAAGCAGCUCGUUGUAUAUGCUUAAAGUUAAAAUAUGAAAGAAACUUAAAUAAUUCUAUGACCAAAUAUCCUCCAAUUUUAAACAUGAUAUUAAAUAAAAAAAGUACAAUAUUCAAGCAAUUAUCUAAUGUAGAAAGUUGCUGUUUUUUACUUCCUUCUUAUUAUUUGUAAUUAAAAGCUAAUUAAAUUGUUUUAAAACUUGCUUUGUAA